AAAAACAACGAUAUUGUUGCUUAGUUUCAUAUAAUUUCUGUGGCAAUAAAUACGAACGAUUUUAAUUACUCUAUUUGACGUUUUUGUGGACUGUGCCUUCUUAUCAUUUCUAAGAAUACGGUUUAAGGGCUAUUUUUGCGAAACACGGACCACUAUUUUACUAUGAAAUCCAUUAUAUAUUUUUGAAAUCAAUAGACAACAAUAAUAGAGUUAAAAAGGGAAAUGCUUGGCCAAUUCCAUCACGUGCUACACACUUCGCAUGAAAUUAAACUCGUCAGAUCAAUUGUCCAGUUACGUCAUACAAUGAUAUCUUUAUCCCGUUUAGUACAGGAUGAAUUAAAUUCGCACAGGAAUUUUGUUUGUCAGAAGUUUAGGAUCAAUUACGCAAUUAGAUUUGCGACCGUGUUCCUUAUCGAGAGAAGCUUGUAAAAUACUGUUUCUGGAUCGCCUUCUUUCCCCCAUCUACGAUGUUUUGGCUGAUCAUUUCCGUGUUGGCGGUUGUUACCUUGUGGUUUCUACUGGAUCGACCGCUCCACCAUUGGGAGAAGUUAGGCGCGAAACAAACCAAACCUUGGAUCAUCUUGGGCGACUCUUGGCCAACCGUAUUAGGUCUCAGCAAUUUUCCGGAUAUGCUUCAGACGGUGUACAACUUGUAUCCAGAAGCGAGGUACACAGGGAUGUAUCAGUGUUACACCCCCGCACUGCUGUUGAAAGAUCCCGAACUGAUCAAGUUAAUUACUGUGAAGGACUUCGAUCACUUCACGGACCGCAGUACAUUCCUCGACCCCGAAGUCGACCCUGUAGUGGGCAGGAAUCUUUUGUCUUUGAAGGGCCAGCGCUGGCGCGACAUGAGGGCUACCUUGUCCGGCUCCUUCACCAGUAGCAAAAUGAAGUUUAUAUUCGGGUUAAUCAAUGCCACCACACAAAGAUUCGUGGAGCACUUGAAAAAUAGACAAGGUGACGUCAUUGAAUUGGAAUUGAAAGAUGCCCUCACGAGGUUCGCUAACGACGUCAUAGCGACGUCAGCAUUUGGUCUGACGGUCGACUCGCUCUCCCAACCGGAAAACGAAUUUUAUCUGAGUGGAAAAAAAAUGUCCGAUUUAACAUCUCUGCGAGUGUUGGUCAAAUUUUUCGGCUACCUUGUUUUCCCGCAACUAUUCAGGACGCUGAAGAUUGGUCUGCUGGACAGCUCGGCGACUCGCUUUUUGCAAAAGGUGCUGACGGAAACCAUAAGAGUGCGGGAAGAAGAGGGCAUCGUGCGUCCUGACAUGAUCAACAUUCUCUUGGAGGCGAAGAAAGGUGCCAAGGAUGAAGAACCCGUCCUGGUAGACACUGGGUUCGCCACUGUGGAAGAAUCUUCUCCGGGUCGAUCCAAGUCGCACCCGGCGAUCACCAACGACGACAUAACCUCACAGGCAUUCAUAUUCUUCUUUGCCGGCUUCAAUAGCAGCUCGACCGCGAUGUGCUUCGCGGCGUAUGAGCUCGCCCGCCAUCCCGAAGUCCAAUGCAGAUUGAGAGACGAAAUCCACCAAGUCCAAAGGCAUUGCGAAGGUAAAAUUACCUAUGAGGCCUUGCUGGGGAUGAAGUACCUCGACAUGGUAGUGUCGGAGGUGUUGAGAAAAUGGCCACCCAUCUUUGCGAUGGACAGGGUGUGUACCAAACCGUACGUCAUCGAAGCAGUGAAAUCUGAUGAGGAACCGUUACGGCUCCGGGUGGGAGACGCGGUCAUUCUGCCAUUCCAGGCGAUCCACAGAGAUCCGAUAAAUUACCCGGACCCGGAUAAAUUCGAUCCGGAGCGUUUUUCCGACGAAAAUAAGAGGAAAAUCCGCCCUUAUACGUAUUUACCUUUCGGGGUGGGACCGAGGAAUUGUCUAGGGUCUAGGUUCGCGCUAUUGGAGGUGAAAAUGUUGCUAUUCAACUUGUUGGCGGCGUUCGAGCUGGUACCGACGGCGAGAAGCGUGAUACCGUUGAGACUGGCGAAGAGGUCGCCUAAUGUCGUCAUUGAAGGUGGAUUGUGGUUCGGGUUGAAACGUUUGUAGCGCUCUAAGCAAUAUAGUAUUACGUUUUUAAUUUGUACAAUUGAAAAUACAGAAUGCUGCUUUUGGGGAGGUUUUUAUUUUGUCGGCGUAGAUCCGGGUUACUUGCGUAAUAUCGUCGGUAUGCAAGAGAGAGUGACCAAGUCCAAUAUUAACAGUUUUAAGCUAUUAAUAUUUAUGAACAAAUAUAAAAUUCAAUUAUUUUAUGUAAGUUUAUUUUAGUGGAAAUACAUAUUGAAUAAACCAUAUAACUAUUA